GACUGUUGCUGCGUGACUUGUUGGCUGCAUCAGAUCUUCUACCUGCGCGUGUCCCCCUGUAUACUUUGACGAUAUCAUUCCUGUUUGCCCAACGCCUGCUCUGGCGCAAACUCAUGGGCCAGUAACUGCUCAUAACCCCGCGUCGAACCACCACUCAUCAUGGUCCCACGGUGCCUCUCAAGUCUACCACCUCACGGACUACAAGGAGGUGAUAUCACAUAACACCUCCGCAACAUGGAGUGCGAUAUUUGUGGGAAGGCUGGCAGCUCCGUCCAUCACCCUCUCCACUGCAUUACUUGCGCUCGCUCUUUCCUCGAACACCCCCGCAUCGAACUCGCAAGGACGUUGAUAGAUAAGGACGGGGUAGAGAAGCAUGUCAAGGCAGUCAUCCAGGGCCUGGAAGACAAGUCAAGUCAGCACGUCUCCCUGACCGACUCCAAAGGCGGUCUCCUGGUCGAUCGGGAGGAAUGUACAAACAAUCACAACUGGCAACGGACGAAGGCUGAGACGAUCGAGAUCCAAGAGCGGCUACAGCUUAUCGCCGAACAUGCAAGUCGCCUGCGCGAGCAGAUGGAGGCUACGCAAAAACAACUGGAGGCGAAACGAGCCGACAACGCGCAACGGAAGUCUGAUAUCUCCUCCGCCACAUAUGGCAUCGAAUCGCGGCGAGCCAACGAACUGGAUAAGAUUCAGCAGAACGUCAAGAGAAUGGACUACAAGUCGGACAAGAUGCAUCAAGAUACCACGGAGCUGCGCAUGCAGCUAUGUACAACAGCUGCAAAGCUUGCUGGGCUGAAGUCCAGCAAGCGUAAGGCGAAGGAUGGGAGUCUCACGGAGACGUUCAACAUUGGUCCUGGAACACGUCUAAGGGUCUGGGAUCUGCGGGACCUCAACGAUGCACCUCCCGACUACCUUUGUGCAUCUCUAGCCGCUGUAGCCCAACUCCUGGUUCGAGUUGCUGCCUAUUUGGGCAUUCGCCUUCCUGCGGAGAUCACACUUCCACAUAACGACUAUCCACAACCAACCAUAUUCAGUCCUCCAUCUUCAUAUCAGGGCAAGAAAGUACCAUUCCCUGGUUCGACACCUUCGCAUUCUUCAAGCAACAGCCCGGAAGCCUCCCGCACGCUGGACCCGCGUGUACAUCUUCCGAAGCCUCGUACUCUAUUUGUAGAUCGUCCGCUGAGUCAUCUAUCUGCUGAAGAUCCGCCAGCUUACUCGUCGUUCAUUGAGGGUGUUUCUCUGCUCGCCUACAACGUGGCUUGGCUAUGCCGAACUCAGGGCAUGAAGGAUAGCUUCAAGGUUUGGGAGGAUAUCUGCCCUGUGGGUCGCAAUCUGCAUCGUCUCCUGAUUGUUCAAGAAACAUAUCUCCCCCAUCGCCUUGAAAAUCCACUCGACAAAGACAUGAAUGUUGCCAAAUCUUCUUCUAGACUUCCUCUCAGGAAGGUACCAGUAGGCUUUGGGCAACUCUCACAUGCUACGUCGCAUUCUUUCAUGCACAUUGCCGAGAAUACGCAAUAUCUCGGCGGUUGGUUACUUACACCCACCAAGAUUACGGACGAACUCAAGGCGUUCCUACUUGCCGAACAGCAGGCGCAGGAAUGGGACGUACUCAAUCAGAAGGAGUGGGAAGACAUGGAGACUCUGGUCGCGGAAGACCCGAUUCUGAUAGGCGAGAAACGACGUGGCAACACAGGCAUAGAUGAUGGUCGCAGCCACCUCACAUCAACUAUAGCAAGUGGAAAGUCGUCGCCGUCACAGAAGAACGAUGCAUCUGAGGGCGAACGGAGGAGGGGAACAAGUGGGUGGACGAAGGUGAAGAGCAGGAGUGAAGACGUCGCGAAGCAAUCGAUACCCGAGUAGAACUGUUAGAAAUAGAGUCCUUUCAUAGAUGCAUAACCCAUUUGUAGUACCGCUAUACCAUUCUGACUUUGUCAGCGGAAUUUCAUCGUUGUCUCAC